GGGGUGCCGUGCACCGUGAAAGGCUCCGGGCGAGUUCUGAGGGAGUGGAAGGUGCGGGUUCGGCCCCCCACAGGAGGUGGAGUUAAGUGAGGCUUUAAGGGUGGUGCCGAGGGCCACCGCCGCCUCCUCAGGCCGCCUGGAAAGGUCUCUGCGGGGAGCUAGGCUGAAACGGGCAGGUAUUGGAAGCCGGGCGUUCAGGGCGAGGAUCAAAGGUCCUUACGUGGAGUGAAAGCUUUAUAGCCAUGACCUCCACCGGCCAAGAUUCUGCCACCAGGCAGCGAAGAACUAGGCACACUCCCCAGUUGCCCCCUCAGGAUUCCAGCGCCACCUCGAAGCGAAGUGUUAAGAAGGGUGCUGGACCCCACUCCAGCCCCAAGCUAGCGGAUGUGAAGAAGAAAGGCAAAAUGAAGAAGCUCAGCCAAGCACUUGAAGACGACCUAAUCAUGGGGUUUCAACGGCUGGAUUUCAACAGUCAGAGAAGACUAGUCUUUGGGACUGGAUUGGUAUUUGAUGAGCAGCUAAAUGACUUCCACUGCCUUUGGGAUGACAGCUUCCCCGAAGGUCCUGAACGGCUCCAUGCCAUCAAAGAGCAGCUGCUCCUGGAGGGACUCCCAGGCCGUUGCGUGUCCUUUCAGGCUCGGUUUGCUGAAAAAGAAGAGCUGAUGUUGGUUCACAGCCUGGAAUACAUUGAUCUUAUGGAGACAACCCAGUACAUGAAUGAAGGAGAACUUCGCAAACUAGCUAGCACCUAUGAUUCAGUUUAUCUGCAUCCGAACUCAUAUUCAUGUGCCUGCCUGGCCACAGGCUCUGUCCUCAGACUGGUAGAUGCAGUCCUAAGGGAUGAGAUUCGGAAUGGUAUGGCCGUCAUCAGACCUCCUGGACACCAUGCCCAGCACAGUCUUAUGGAUGGGUAUUGUAUGUUCAACCAUGUGGCUGUUGCUGCCCGCUAUGCUCAAAAGAAACACCGUAUUGAGAGGGUUCUUAUCGUGGACUGGGAUGUGCACCACGGUCAAGGAACACAGUUCAUCUUCGAUCAGGACCCCAGUGUUGUCUAUUUCUCCAUCCACCGCUAUGAGCAGGGUCGGUUCUGGCCCCACCUUAAGGCUUCUAACUGGUCCGCUACUGGUUUCGGCCCAGGCCAAGGCCGUACCAUCAAUGUAGCUUGGAACAAGGUGGGGAUGCGGGAUGCUGACUACAUUGCUGCUUUCCUGCGCAUCCUGCUGCCAAUUGCCUUUGAGUUUCAGCCUCAGCUCGUUCUAGUGGCUGCUGGAUUUGAUGCCCUCCAAGGAGACCCCAAGGGAGAGAUGUCCACCACUCCAGCAGGAUUUGCCCACCUAACCCAUUACCUCAUGGGUCUGGCAGAAGGCAAGUUGAUUCUGUCUCUGGAGGGUGGCUAUAACCUCCAUGCCCUGGCUAAGGGUGUCAGUGCCUCACUCCACACCCUUCUUGGAGACCCUUGCCCCAUUCUGGAGUUCCCUGGUACACCUUGUCUGAGUGCCCGGAUUUCAAUCUCCUGCACUCUAGAAGCCCAUGAACCAUUCUGGGAGAUCCUUAUGGGAGCAGUUGAUCCCCUAGAUGAAGGGGAUUCGGAGGAAGACAGGCUAGAAGAGGAACAGGAGGAACAAUGCUGGAAGGACGUCACACUGACAGUGGAUACAUGGCCGGUGCUCCAGAAUCGCACUGGACUGGUCUAUGAUGAAAAAAUGAUGACUCACUGCAACCUAUGGGACAACCAUCAUCCUGAGACGCCUCAGCGAAUCUUACGGAUCAUGUGUCACCUGGAAGAGUUGGGCCUUGCAGCUCGCUGUCUCAUCCUACCUGCACGGCCUGCCCUGGAUGCUGAGAUCCUUAACUGCCACAGAGCUAAGUACUUGGAGCGUCUCCGGGACACAGAAAAGAUGAAAACCCGGGACCUGCACCGUGAAGGUGGCAACUUUGACUCCAUUUACAUCUGCCCCAGCACCUUUUCUUGUGCAAAGCUUGCUGCAGGCUCUGCCUGCCGCCUGGUGGAAGCUGUGCUCUCAGGAGAGGUUUUAAAUGGAAUUGCAAUAGUGCGCCCCCCGGGACACCAUGCUGAGCCAGGUUCUGCUUGCGGUUUCUGUUUUUUCAAUUCUGUAGCUGUGGCUGCUCGCCACGCCCAAGAUAUUGUUCGACGGCCCAUGCGGAUCCUGAUCUUGGAUUGGGAUAUCCAUCAUGGGAACGGGACUCAGCACAUAUUUGAGGAUGACCCCAGUGUGUUAUACAUGUCCCUGCACCGGUAUGACCGUGGCACCUUCUUCCCCAUGGGGGAUGAGGGUGCCAGUACCCAAGUAGGUCGAGCUGCAGGUUUAGGGUACACUGUCAAUGUGCCCUGGAAUGGGCCCCGCAUGACCGAUGCUGACUACCUGGCCGCCUGGCAUCGUCUGAUACUUCCCGUCGCCUAUGAGUUUAAUCCAGAACUGGUGCUGGUUUCAGCUGGCUUUGAUGCUGCACAAGGGGACCCACUGGGGGGCUGUCACUUGACCCCUGACGGUUAUGCCCACCUCACCCACCAGCUGAUGGCCCUCGCCAAUGGCCGCAUUAUCCUUAUUCUAGAGGGUGGAUACAACUUGACAUCCAUCUCUGAAUCUAUGGCUGCCUGCACCCAUUCCCUCCUUGGAGACCCACCACCCCUGCUUUCUUUGCUGCGCCCUCCACAUCCAGAAGCCCUGGCCGCAAUCUGUGAUACCAUCCAAGCCCAUCACAGAUUCUGGCGCAGUUUGCGGUUGAUGAGGAUGGUAAACCAAGAAGAAUGCUGCAGUUCUAAGUCUGUCACCAAAACAGCCAAUCCCGUGCCAGCUAAGGGAAUGACCACAUCAAAGGGAAGGGUUCUAGAACCAAGCAUGAGGGAAACCAUAGCAACAAUACCUGCAAAAGAAUCUACACUAGGUCAGGCUAAAGCAAAGAUACUUAAGGCUCAGGACCAGUCAUCAGAGCCAGCUGCUAGAGGAGCUACAGUGGACCUCCCCACCACUAAGGAGCCUCUGGGAGGAGCCACGAUGGACCAGCAUGCCUCAGCAGCAGCCACCGAAACCAUAUGUAACCAGACCACCUCAGAGGAGGCUGUGGGGGAAACUGAGCCAAUCCCAACUCCUCCAGCCUCAUAUGAAGACAAGCACGGCAUAGGAGCACCACCUGUACAGGGAACAACAGCCCAGCAGUCCCCUGACCUGAUUGAGAGUCUUAGUACUUUGAAACUUAGUAGUGGAACUCAGGAGGCCCCUGAAUCAGAGGAGGGCCUACCAGGAGAAGCAGCUAGAGGAGGUCAGGAAAUGAACAGCUUGAUGCUUACACAAGGAUUUGGGGACUUCAAUACCCAGGAUGUAUUUUAUGCUGUCACUCCACUAUCCUGGUGUCCCCAUCUGAUAGCGGUAUGCCCCAUUCCUGCGGCAGGCCUAGAUAUGGCCCAACCUUGUAUGACCUGUGGAACACACCAGGAGAACUGGGUGUGUCUGACUUGCUAUGAGGUCUACUGCAGCCGUUACAUCAAUGCCCAUAUGAUCCACCACCAUGAAGCCUCUACACACCCACUGGUCCUCAGCUGUGUUGACCUGUCUACUUGGUGUUAUCUCUGUCAGGCUUAUGUCCACCACCAGGAUCUGCAAGAUGCGAAGAACGCUGCCCACCAGAACAAGUUUGGGGAGGGCAUGUCUCGCUCCCACUGAGUCCUGCAGCGUGCUGCCUGUCUGCACUUCGAGGCCCCAGACAGAGCAGCUUAGCUCACUGACACUUGUACCUUGGAU